GCGCGGGGUGCGCGCAUGUCGCGGCCAAUCAGGAGCCGCAGAGUCAGGGCCCCCGAAGAUGCCCCGUGGUGUGGCCACUGCAAGGCUCUGGCUCCAGAGUAUGCCAAAGCAGCUGGGAAACUGAAGGCAGAAGGUUCUGAGAUCAGACUGGCAAAGGUCGAUGCCACGGAAGAGUCUGAGUUGGCCCAGCAGUAUGGCGUCCGAGGCUACCCGACCAUCAAGUUCUUCAAGAACGGAGACACGGCUUCCCCCAAAGAAUACACAGGUGGGCCUGCGUGUGUUGGUGCAGCUGGCAGAGAGGCCGAUGACAUCGUGAGCUGGCUGAAGAAGCGCACAGGCCCCGCCGCCACCACCCUGCCUGACGGGGCUGCUGCCGAGGCCUUGGUGGCGUCCAGCGAGGUGGCCGUCAUUGGCUUCUUCAAGGACUUGGAGUCGGACUCCGCCAAGCAGUUCCUGCUGGCAGCAGAGGCCGUCGACGACAUCCCCUUUGGGGUCACGUCCAGCGGUGACGUGUUCUCCAAGUACCAGCUGGACAAGGACAGGGUGGUCCUCUUUAAGAAGUUCGACGAAGGCCGGAAUGACUUUGAGGGCGAGGUCACCAAGGAGAAGCUGUUGGAUUUCAUCAAGCACAACCAGCUGCCGCUGGUCAUUGAGUUCACCGAGCAGACAGCCCCGAAGAUCUUUGGAGGCGAGAUCAAGACUCACAUCCUGCUGUUCCUGCCGAAGAGUCUGUCUGACCACGAGGCCACGCUGAGCAACUUCCGAAAAGCCGCCGAGGGCUUCAAGGGCAAGAUCCUGUUCAUCUUCAUCGACAGUGACCACUCUGACAACCAGCGCAUCCUAGAGUUCUUCGGCCUGAAGAAGGAGGAGAGCCCAGCCGUGCGCCUCAUCACGCUGGAGGAGGAGAUGACCAAGUACAAGCCCGAGUCGGACGAGCUGACCGCGGAGAAGAUCGCCGAGUUCUGCCAGCGCUUCCUGGAGGGCAAGGUCAAGCCCCACCUGAUGAGCCAGGAGCUGCCUGACGACUGGGACAAGCAGCCAGUCAAAGUGCUGGUCGGGAAGAACUUCGAGGAGGUCGCCUUCGACGAGAAGAAGAACGUCUUUGUGGAGUUCUACGCCCCGUGGUGCGGGCACUGCAAGCAGCUCGCCCCCAUCUGGGAUAAGCUGGGGGAGACGUACAAGGACCACGAGAGCAUCGUCAUCGCCAAGAUGGACUCCACGGCCAACGAGGUGGAGGCGGUGAAAGUGCACAGCUUCCCCACGCUCAAGUUCUUCCCUGCCAGCGCCGACCGGACGGUCAUCGACUACAAUGGGGAACGGACAUUGGACGGUUUUAAGAAGUUCCUGGAGAGCGGCGGCCAGGAUGGGGCCGGGGAUGACGACGAUUUAGAAGACCUAGAGGAAGCAGAAGAGCCUGACCUGGAGGAAGACGACGACAAAGCUGUGAAAGAUGAACUGUAAGGCGGAGAGGCAGAGCUGGGCACCCGAACAGGUCACCUCCCGGGGCUGCGCGCCCAGUAGCACGGCCUCCAGGCGCCGCAGACCCACCCGGGAGAGGGCGCAUCGGUCGGAAAUGCAGGGAACUUUUCUGAAGCCACACUUCACCCCAACACGUGUAACUCUAAACCCGUCUUCCUUCGCUUUUCAAUUUUUGGAAAGGGAUUUAUCUCCAGGCCAGCCCGGCCCGUCUUGGUGGGCCGUUUUUUUUUUUUAUUUUUUAUUUUUUUUUUAUUUUAACUGUGAUGUACUUUUUUGUACACAGUUUUGUCCUGAGUGUUCACUGAAAUGUUUUGAAAUCUCACGCUGGCAAUGUCUUAUUGCUGUUAGGGUUAUACUGUCACUUAAAAAAUAUUCCACCUGUGGGAUUUUUAGACAUUUUUGGACAUCAGGCUGUCUGUUCCACCUUGGCCGGGCCUCCCUGGAGACUCCUGUCCCCUGUGUGGGGGUCCCCUGUGGGGACUGGGCUGGGCGGGCCCCUCACAUCCUGCAGUGUUGCCUGGGCAGAGUGAGGCUCCUGCUUCGUGUGGUUAAGCAGAGACUUCAGGUCUGUCACGGGGGCCCCCCUAGGACAGGCCCGGCGGCCCCCUCCUUCCCCGAGCCCAAGUUCUCACCGCUCUGUGACGUCUGGGGUGGCCCGAGGGCUGCCCAGGCAGGACAGGGCCCUCCGUCUCCAGGCUGGGAGAUGGCGAGGAUGCUUGAGCAGAGUCACACGUUGACCAUUCCUCGGGCACUUCUGCCACGAUGUUGGAAUUGGACACAUUGGCCAAAUAAAGUUGAAAUUUUCUGCC